AUGGUUCGGCACUUUCCCGCGCAACUUAGUGAUUUGUUCUACCUUCGGUAUGCUAUGGCCUCGGUAGUGCGUUACACCUGUAAGAUAGUAAACGCUCGUUUCGAUGUGGGACUGUGGACAUCAAUUGUGGGCCUGCCGCGUGUCGAAGGGGGUGAGGUUGCCCUAAUGUUGCGAUCGGUAGGGUUGGUAUCGAAGGUGGGUUCCAAAGGCACCCAUGGCCCUGGAGUCCCCCAAGUCCUCUUGCGAGAGUUCUCGGAAGGGGAUUUGAAGUCGUCUUCGGGAGGAAAUGUUGUCCUACCGUUCGGUAGUCUAGUUGGGGAGAGGGGCUCAAUUUUGGGCCUUCCGUCAUUAUUCGUUCAGAGGCUGACGUUGGCGAAGUCAGAAGGUCGCGUCGAGCGGAUGGGUGAAGGGACAUCUGAGCGCUUCGACUUCCGCGCCUCGCAUGCCGUCAGUCCCCCAUAG